UCUCUCUCUAAACUGUCUUCUUUCUCUCUCUUCCUCUAUAUAAAGUCUAUACAUAUAACUGUCUAGGUUUCUCCAUAUAUGUAUUGAAACUAUGUCUAUUGCGUUGGAGAGGAACAACACAACAACUGAUCAUCAGAUCGAACGGCCAGGAUUCAUUCACGGAAUGUCGGCGUUUAUUCCGGCGAUGUAUAAGUCGCCGGAUCUAGGCGUUGAGGAUGAUCGGACAUCUUCCUCGUCAUCUUCUUCUAUUGGUCGGAACAGUGACGACUCGCCGGCGCCGGCAGGAUCUUCAUCGGACGGCGACGGCGAGGAGGUUGAGAGUCCUUUCAAAGGUGGUGCUUUGGAUAGUUUGGAGUCAUUGGAGGAGGUUUUGCCAAUAAAGAGGGGCAUAUCAAAUUUUUAUGCUGGUAAAUCGAAAUCUUAUACUAGUCUAGCAGAUGCGGCAUCGAGUCCCUCGCUUAAAGAUAUGGUCAAGCCGGAGAAUGCAUACACUAGGAAACGCAAGAACCUGCUUGCUCAUAGCAAUUUCUUUGACAAGAACCGGAAUCAUUUCCCAAGGAAUAAUAGUGGUGGGUUAUAUAAGAGACCAAUAAACUCUAGAAGCUCAUUAGCUCUUGGUUCAACCUCAAGUUGCUCUGAGAGCAAUAACAGUUCCGAGUCUUUGAACUCAAAUACAUCGUCACCUCGUUUCUCUCUUCCUCCUCUGCCUCCGCAAUCAAGAAGAUAUAGCAAUGAGUCCUCAUCAUCACCUCCUGAACAGAAGUUGAGUGCAUGGAGGUCUUUCUCUUUAUCGGAUCUGCAGGGGGCUGCUGCUGCAACUCCCAGCCUAAUGGGCAUAAAGGAAUAGAGAGAGAUAUCUUGACGAUAACUUAAUUUCACGUCACCCUAUGAACCUAACUUCAGAGAGGUUUCAAUGGAGGUUGGCUUAUUUUAGCAAUUAUAGGCUUCAGUUUUUCGCCCUGCUUCUGUAAUUAUUCCUCAAGGCAUAUCAAAUAUUGGAGUCAUUUAAGAAUGUAAUUGUUUCUGCGUACUUUUAACCUUUGGUUUUCCUGUGUACCUUCUUGUAUAUUUCAAUGUGGUGUUUGCCUAAUUUAGAGAUUUUAUAUUUCA